GGGCAUUUUCCUCCAUUUCCGGUGCCUCUCCAUGUGGCACUCCAUCACUGGCAUCCACCGCUGUGGACAACAUGUAUUCCCAAGAUACCCAGGAAGUCUCUCAGGCAGCCUCAGGUACCUCAGCAAUGCAGAAAUUGCCACAGCUCUUAGGCCAUUCUACUUUGUGGUGCAUCCGGAUUUGUUUGGACGCUUCCCGGAUCAAAGGGCUGUUAAUGAAGAAUCCCUGAAGCUACUCAGUGCACACCUGGAGGCGCUCAAUAAACGCAGAGUACUCCAGUCAACCCCAACAGCUCUGCCCUUCUACCUGAGAUCCGCCCAGGCCAGUAGUCCUGGGAAAAUGGUCAGAGUGCCCGUGGAGAGAAGCGCUGAUGCCAAGAAGGUCCUCCGACGGAUCCUUCAAUCAUGUGAACUCUCCACUGAGUAUCUCGAUAAGAUGCCCCAGAUGGCAGAAAAACCUGAACAGAAACGUGCCAAUUCCACUUUUACUGCACGCGAGCCUGAAGAUAUCUUUUCGGAUGAAUAUGUGAUAUUCCAGAACAUCAAUAGGACCAAGGAUGAAAAGACACUGAGUGGAUGGCUGAGAAACAACAUUAACACAGCCCUCCAGAGGAAAAAUUCCCUUUUGGGCUUGCGGGAAGAAAUCAAGAAGCUUGAGAAAAAUGUUGCCGAGAGACUGAAACUGAAGGAUUUGAGGUAUGAAUGUGGUUGGAAUGUUGAGCACUACAGAGCCUGCCUCCGAAGCCUUGAGAGUCUGGCCAAUUUGCAUCCAAAAGACCUGUUGCAUCUUGAGAAGCGAAUUCUGGUCUUUGCUCCCUUUACCGGAAUCAGCCUGGACGGGCAUGUGAUGCUCUUUACUGGAGAUGUCCAGCACAAUUGGAUAGAUUUCAUCCGGAACAUCCCAAAGCACGAUGCCUACCUGAAGAAGAUCCCAGCCUAUGAGUAUGCCCUAUCCCAGAUUCUGCGAAAAAUCAAAAUCGGCCGAAGGAAAUUCAUGCCAAAGACUCAAGCGGGAUUCUAUACGAAUCACUUGAGAAAGGUCACAACGACUCUCCUGGAUUAUCUGGGAAGGCAGCAGUACCCAAGUUCCUGGCCCGAAGAACUCAGUGAAUAUGAAAUUGUGAUAGAAUCGGAAGCCGGUCCGUUGAUGGUGAGUCCAACUGGUCAAUUUAUAGCCCCUUCAACGUGUCCAGGAGGCAUCCUGGUGGACUUCAUAACGAACAACUUGGCAGAAGCACGUGAUCGAGCAGUGCUGUACAACAGCACGAAGCACGUGGAGAAGGAUCUGCACAGCAGCUGUGUGAGAAGCUUGAAGCUGUCCAGCCUCACAAAAGACGACUCUGUGACGCCAGAGAAGAUGAUCAAGUGCCUCGAACGUCUUCUUCGAGAGAAUCAUUUGAAUUUUGACGGAUGUGAUGUUUUCAUCACUCACUACUAUUCCGUACUGUCCGAUGGGACUGUAUGCAUCCCCUGGGACUGGAAGAUUUAAAUAAAUUUGUGAGAUUCCGCUGA